GCACUUGAGCUGAAAGUGCUAGAAAAAAAAAAAACCUGAGGGGGUCUUAUAGGCUACUCGGUGGGGGGGCUACUACCGGAAAGGACUGCAGGAUGGCCAACCCCGCGUGCGUCAAUAAACAACAUCCAGCUCGUGAGCACUGAGCUGCGGAGCGCGAGCGCAGUCUCCAACUUGAGGCGCUGCCCGUGGUGCUGAAUCCCCGGGACCGACGAGCCCCGUGAGCGUCAUCUUUUCCCACGACCUCUUCAUACCUGAGCUCUCGUGUGAACCCGGGGAUGAUGGGAAGUCACCCGUUUCAGCCAGUCUGCGCGAGGACACGGUCGGAGGACUUGUGGAUUUAAAGCCCUGAAUUGAAGCAUCAGUCUCGGCUCGACAAGAUGUUUCUGAAGACAUCAUUUGUUACGUUCUUUUAACUGGUUCAGCCAGUAAGCGUUCAUUCAUCCAUCCGCUCAUUCAUGAAAGGAGAUCUAACAUGUUGUAAAAAACAAAAAUGAACUGCUGUGAUUUAGUUGCCCUUCAAGCGUUAUAGGAUAUCUGCGUUUUAAUCCGAGAAGAGCAACGAUACCCACCGAGACAUGGCUCGUCUGCUUGUUCUGGUCAACUCCGUGGUCCUGUUGCUUUUUGGCAGCGACAUGUUCUUGGUAGGAGCAAACCGGCCACCAGCUCCUGUCAAUGUGUCCGUCAUGCACCUGCGGGCUGACUCGGCAACUGUAUCCUGGGAGGUUCCGGAGGGAGACAUAAUAAUUGGCUUCUCUAUCUCUCAACAGAGGCAGGAAGGACACACGCAGAGAUUCAUUCGGGAAGUCAACACCACCAGCCGUUCUUGUGUUCUUUGGGACCUGGAGGAGGAGACUGACUACAUCAUUCAGGUCCAGUCGAUUGGCCUCUAUGGGGAAAGCCAAGCCAGCAAGAAGGUCCAUUUUCGCACCCUCAAGAAGUCAGACCGCUUCCCCUCCAACAGCUCCAAUCAAGAUGACCCCACUGUGCAAGGCCUAGACAAGUCCCGGCAUCUACAAACAGGAGAGAUGAUCAUUAUCGUGGUGGUCUUGGUCAUGUGGGCAGCUGUUAUUGCCCUGUUCUGCCGGCAGUAUGACAUCAUCAAGGACAACGACUCCAGCAACAAUAAGGAGAAGGCCAAGCCAUCGUCCGAAAGGAGCACGCCGGAGCACCACAGCGGAGGGCUGCUGAGGAGCAAGUCCUCAUUAGGUGGUCGGGUGUUGAUGUGGGGUUUCUGUCACCGAAGUUCUGACGAGGACUUCACCAACUCUCUCUCUAGUAUCAGUCAAUAACACACUUGGUUCUGUUCGCAGUAAGAAAAAGCCCUUAAGUUUCAUCCCUCCGUGCCGUCUAUCAACAUCAUUGAAGUCUGAGAAGAAGAAUGAGGCCCGAGUUAAAAUACUCUUUCUCUUCCACCAUCAAUGCAUUUUCGACCUUGCUCACUGAUGAGGAUAAAAAGCUUAAAAAACGUCUAGUGGGUCAUCAUCAGCGAAUAAGGUCGGCCAUGGCUGUCUUGCAAAAGACACACAUGCAUGCAGACAGUAUUCGUAGGAAAACACUAAAACUACAGAUACACACUCCCUACCACACACACACACACACACACACACACACACACACACACACACACACACACACACACACACACACACACACACACUGUACACUACAUUAGCUAACAGAAACCUACUCCUGCAGGUUAAUAGAACAUGAAUUAAUGUUAACCCAUGGUGCAGUUAACAUUGAUGUCUUUGCCAGGUGGUAUGUUAUUGCAAUACAAGUCACAUAAUGCAACGUAUCAUCUCUGGGAGGCCUGUCUUCGUGACUUUAAAUACGCAGUGUAUUUUUGAUAUCGGCAUGCGCGAUUAGACACCACUUUCACCUGUUAUAGGCUACUCAGCUCUAAAUAAAUCUACAUUUCUCCACUGCAAAUAGUGUUAAUAUAUUGUCUGAUCACAAAUGUAUAUUAGUGCUGCGGGCAGGUUGUUAAAAAUGAGAGAAAGUAAAUACAUGUCUAAAAUCCAUUUCACUACAACAACAUGUCUUAAUUUUUUCUAAUUACUGAAACAAACAUUUUCAGGACAACAUUGUAUUUUUUCAUAUUUCAUACAUGACAAACAUUAUGUCCGUACAUAUUUCAUUCAUUUACUAAAUGAAGUUGCAUGCAGGUCAUUUGCCUGUAGAAUAGCAUUUGAUGUGCAUUCUAAAUUAGAUGCUAAACUGGAGAAAUAAACAUGAUUGCAGUACUAUGAAGCUGUUAAUGUUUUCUUCUAUUUUACGAGCUUUUAGAACAGGACCUAUAUCAUCCAGUAAGUAGCUGAUCUUGUACAUUUCCUGACAAUUGUACUUCCUGAAGUGUAAAAUAAACCUUUUGAAUGUCCCAUUA